AAAAAGAAAUAAUCCGAAACAAAUCAUAGCCAAGUUUUGUUGUAAGCAAAGGUCCAUGACUGAACAGACACCCAAUCAAUCAAUUCUCUCACCAGCAAACUACUAUUUUUUGCUCAAGACAGAAAAUAUCCAACCGUUGUUGGAAACCGUUGAUCAGUUACAACACGAAAUCAACGAGAAUCAUGCCACGAUCAAACGGUUGUCCCAGAUCAUAGACUAUAAGUUGAAUGGGUUUCCGGAAUUGAAACUCGAUGAAGAUGUUAUACGAUUGGCUGACAGUUAUUCAGGUAAUAGUAAUGACAAUGGUCAUGUAAGUGUCGAUGAAGCAACUGCUGGUCGUCAACGAGAAUUAUACUCCAUGAACGAAGAUCAGGAAAACGAGGAAGAGGAGGAGGAGGAGGAAGAAGAAGAUAAUGAAAAAGACACAGAACCCGAAUCCAUUGAUCCACUUCGAUAUUUGCUAGAGCAAAAGUACCAACUUCCUCCGCCUAUACCUGAAAGUUCUGCAACUGACCCUACAAAACUCAGGAUGCAACAACUACUAGCAGACAUAUCCCACUUGUCGAAACUUCAACGAGGAAAAGUGUACAGAAACUCACAGCUUCUUGAAAUAAUUCAAGAAUAUGAAGAAUUCAUAAUGACAAAUCUACUCCCACAACUUCGUGAACAACUUCAUGGGUUAGUUUAUGACCAAGAAAUCUCAAAUAUUAAACAUAUGGUGGAUAAGAAACACGAGUGCGUCGAAAAGAUAUAUAAAAAGUAUUUGAAUAAUGUGCAAGGUUUAUGCAAAAUUAUAGACUUGAAUAAAGCGGUGAUCAAGUUUAUGGAUGUUGAGGAUGGGUUUAAUGAUAAGUUGAGCCAUCAAUUGGCCAGUUUAGAGGCAUUGAAACUGAAUUUGAUAGGGAAACUGGAUACAUGAGCCGGUCUCAGUAUAAUCAUUAUAGAAUAGAAAUGUUUACUUCGUCACGCGUAGGAUCAUAUCCCAACACAUACGCAUCUCAAACAUUAACAUU